GCGGGCAGCCGCAGGAAGCGUGCCCGCGCUCGCCACAAACCCUGCGCCCUGAAGGAGCUGGAGGUGAGUGUCAGCGAGCUGGGCCUGGGCUACGAGUCGGACGAGACGGUGCUUUUCCGCUACUGCAGCGGCACCUGCGAGGCGGCCGUCCGGAGCUACGACCUCUCGCUGAAGAGCAUGAGGAGCAGGAGGAGGAUCAAGAAGGAGAAGGUCCGGGCUCGACCCUGCUGCCGGCCGCUGGCCUACGACGACGACGUCUCCUUCCUGGACGCCUACAACCGCUACUACACCGUCAACGAG